AUGGAAUUGAAUGUGAAGCAAAGUGGGAUUGUUGAUCGCCUUGUAUUCUCCACAAAUUUCAAGAUCAGGAACAGAUGCUUGAGGCGAACUGUGGAGCGGUAUCUUCGAGAUGAUCUAUCAUGUGGACUUCACAGUUGUGAACCUUGUUCACCUUUAGGAAACAACACGUUGGGAAGGAAACCAAAUAAGGACGAGAACACGCUUAUCAAAAGUAAUCAUGCUGUUAUCGUGGACUCUGAAGUUUUCAUGCGUUUUAUCGACAUAUUCGACUCUAAUUUGUUUCAGAAUGUUAUUAUAACGCAAAAUGUGUGGGAAUUUGUCAAGCAGAAAUCCAUCAAUGCUUAUAAGAAGCUGAACAAAUUUGUUUACGAAGACAAGGAUCCACGGUUUUCGGUAUUCAUGAGCGAGUUCCAUCACAAGACCUUUGUGCGUCCUGAGCCAGGCCUCAGUGAUAGUUUACGGCGUGAAAAAGUUCUUUAUGUCUGUGCGGAUUAUCUAAAUAAGCAUUGGGCUAAACGCGACAUAAUUCCUAUCAUUUUAUGCGCUGAAGACGAUGUACUGACAAGGCUAAAGGAUAAUUAUGAGUACUCGUAUACUGUGAAAGAUUAUGUUCAAGGUAUGCAAAGUGAAAAGAAACGAGAUUUACUCGAUGCUAUGGCCGCUUAUGAUUCGUCGAGCUCGGGUGGUAAAAUCAUAUAUGAGAAUUAUUUGUCUCACGAUGAGAUUACCAAAGGCAUUGCUCAUGGAACCAUCAAAAAAGGGACAUUUUCUGUAUCUCGAGAGAAUUAUCGUGAGGCGUUUGUCCUGGUGGAUUCUAGUACGAUGACGUCCUGGUUCAUCCAUGGAUUGGACAGCAAUAGAGCAAUUGAUGAAAGUUCGACUACGUGUGAUGUGGAAGAUCUGGAAAUGAAGGCUGAUGACGAAACUGAAGCAGAUGACUCUGAAGAGGCACCGAAAGUUAAGCGGGCCAAGCUGACACCUGUACCUACAGCUAAGGCUGAUAUUCUUGAAAAUCAACGCAUUGUGGUGAGUAUCGACCAAUGGCCGCGAGAUAGCAGAUAUCCACUUGGACACUAUGUGCGAGCUCUUGGAAAAAUUGGAGAUCGCGAGAUUGAGAACGAAGUGCUUCUUCUUGAGCAUGACAUCCCUCAUGCUCCCUUCUCCGAUGGUGUGCUAGAAUGUUUGCCUAGUGAAGAUUGGAAGCCGGAUUUGAAGCCACCUAGAAUUGAUCUACGUCAUCUAACAAUCUGCUCGGUUGAUCCACUCGGAUGCACUGAUAUUGAUGAUGCACUCAUGUCGACCGUUUGGCACUGGUCUCUUUGGGAGAGAACUGGAAUGAUUUCAUGGCUCCUAUCAGAUCCUUUCACCAUAAAUAGGAUUCGUCAACAUUCUAAAAGAUAUGCGUUCUCCGUUAUUUGGACCAUGACAAGCGAUGCAGAAAUUCUGGAUACCAAAUACCACAAGUCCUUGAUAUGUUCAAAGGCAGCGCUCACUUACGAAAAAGCGCAGGAAUUCAUUGAUGAUCCUAAUUUGAACGAUGACGUCACUAUCGGUUUACGUGGCUUGAUGAAGCUGUCCAAAGUUUUGAAUAAGAGAAGAACGGCCAAUGGAGCACUUACCCUUGCGUCUUCAGAGGUGCGAUUCGACAUGGAUUGGGAGACACGUACGCCGAAAUCAGUUCAGGAGAAGAAGCAUCUCGACACGCAUUCCAUGGUGGAAGAGUUCAUGCUGCUUGCCAAUAUAUCAGUUGCCGAAAAGAUCCUCGCUGAGUAUCCGGAUUGCGCAAUGUUGAGGCGACAUCCAGUGCCGACGGAGGCAAGCUACAAACCGCUAAUUGAGGUAACACAGUGUGUUAUCUUUUAA